UUUUUGGGGUUUGUUUUUGGUGUAUUGGGGUUUCGUUAAAAGGGCAAGAAAUUUUGGUAGUGACUGAAAAAAGCAAUAUUGACCUUUCAAUAGUGAAAGCAAUAUUGACGUUAUAUGGCAGCUGGGGUUGUGUUCAUUGACACAAAAGCUUCUGCACCCGCUAGCUCUCUGUCUCUCUCUGGUUGAGAUUGUGAAGAAGAAGAAGGGCUCUGUUUCGAAGCACCAGAGCCAUUGCUUAUCUCUCAAAAGAUCUAUUGGGAAUCUUUUGGUGAAUAAACGUUUGUUACUUGUUUGGAUUGGUGAUGAUCUCUGCUUGCAGAGAACAGUAUCAUUUGAACCUAUGUUGGGUUAUGUAAAGGUUGAAGGAGCUUAUUUGGAGCUGAAAAGGGGCGAUCUACGACACGUUUCGGCUACGUGAGAACGAUGCACAACGAGCUAUGGUUUGCACUGCUAGUGAUUUACAUGGGUGGAAAGAUUUUCCAAAGGGGCUUAGAGUUCUCCUGCUUGAUGGAGACAGCAAUUCUGCUGCUGAGAUAAAAACAAAGCUUGAGGAAAUGGAGUAUGUUGUUGUGACUUACUGCAAUGAGAACGAUGCAUUGUUAGCCAUUUCGAGCGAACCCGAAAUGUUUCAUGUCGCCAUUGUCGAGGUAACGGCGAGUGAUCACGAUGGGACGUUUAAAUUUCUUGAAGCUGUUAAGGACUUGCCUACCAUUAUGAUUUCGAACAUCCAUUGCCUCAGCACGAUGAUGAAGUGCAUAGAGCUUGGAGCGAUCGAGUUCCUUCAGAAACCGGUCUCCGAGGACAAACUUAGGAACAUUUGGCAGCAUGUUGUUCAUAAGGCAUUCAAUGCAGGCGGGAACGCCGUCCCGAGUUCUUUAAAGCCUAUCAAAGAAUCUGUUGCCUCCAUAUUGCAUCUUGAAUUGGAAAACAAUGAGAACAAGAAUCAAGUUCCACAUGAGUUGGAAAUAUCGAGCUGCGACAAUGUCGAUGAUCAUGAACUACUACUACUACCAGAAGGAAGUGACAAGUAUCCAGCUCCUUCAACUCCUCAGCAAAAGCAUGGAAUGAGAUUGGUGGAUCAAAUGAACGAUUUGCUCGAGAAAGAGUGCGGCGAGCAAGACGGGGAGGAGUCUAAAUCUGUCGAAACUACUUGUACUGCUCAAGUGGAGAACUCUCAGUUAUCUGACAAGGAAGUUAUUAAAGAGGAAGAGAACUCUACUGAUGGCUGUGGGGCUGCGAGUAAUGUCGAUCACGAGUUACACGAUAGAGACAACAUUAGCAGUUCCGAAAAAAACAAGAGCAAAGCAUGCGGUCUUGGUAAUCCGUGUAGGACGAAAGUAAGUGGGAAGAAGCUGAAGGUAGACUGGACACCCGAACUGCAUCGAAAGUUCGUACAGGCAGUGGAACAACUCGGAGUGAAUCAAGCAAUUCCUUCUCGAAUUCUAGAGCUGAUGAAAGUUGAAGGCCUGACAAGGCAUAAUGUAGCUAGCCAUCUUCAGAAGUAUCGAAUGCAUAAGCGACACAUCUUGCCGAAAGAAGAAGAUGGUAGCUGGUCGAGUUCAAAGGAUCCAAUGAGGAAGAACUACUAUCCACAUCCACAGAGACCUGUGAUGGCCUACCCUCCUCCCUAUCAUUCAAAUCAUGUAAUGCCAGUCGCCCCCAUCGGAUCGUGGGGUCAUAUGGCUUGCCCCUCCCCUGGUGUUCAAAUGUGGGCGCCUCCUCCCAGUUAUCCGCCAUGGCGACCGCCAGAAACUUGGCCGUGGAAGUCGUAUCUCGGGGUGCAUGGUGAGGCGUGGGGAUGCCCUGUGACACCACCACCCCCUCAUAGCCCUUUCUCUUCAAAUCCUCACCAGCAUAUUGCGAUAUUUGAAUAUGUCGAUGUGCACGAUAAAAGCUACGGCAUUGCGCCGAGUCCUGUUGAUCUUCAACUGGCUGAUGAGGAAAUUGACAAAGUAGUGAAAGAAGCAAUAAGCAAGCCAUGGUUGCCAUUGCCUUUGGGGCUAAAGCCACCUUCAACAGAAAGUGUACUAUCAGAGCUCUCAAGACAACAAAUCUCGACCACCCCUUUUCACAUCAACGGCUCUAAACUACUCCACUGACAGUGCCCCAUAACAUAGUUUGGUCACUCAAGAACAGGAAAUGUCAUUGGGUGGCGGGCUGUUCCACUGUCCGGCUGACUUGGACCAUCUGAUUAAGAAGAUAAAAGAGAAGUGGGGCCCAAAACCAUAGGUGACAAGGGCAGGGUCACGUGGGGGAUGGGGUGAGGCAUGGUGCCACGUUGGUGAGUUUGACACCACGGUUAGAGUUGUGGCUGUGAGGAUAGCAGAAAAAGGAGGAUGUAAUAAUUGAAUUUCAUUAGAUUUUUUCAGAGAAGAUGAGGUGGAAAAGGUGAUGUGUCUUUUUCUGAUAGGACCAUGAUUUGGGAGUCUUUGUGAAUUAAAUGUAAAAUGACUGAAUUUUUGGUGCCUAUGCUGUUCCUUUUAGGAUAAUAAAGUUUUGAUAGCAACUA